AUGAACGUGCAUCAAAUUUUGACUGGGGCUCUUAAUCGUGGUAGUGAGGUUUUCAGUGUUGGAGCGAUAGAUGAUCUUAGUUUUACGGUUUGCGCUGUUGGUACGAAUGUCGUGAUAUUUUCUUCCUCCUUCAAACUUGUGCAAGUUAUUACACCUCCAAGCUGUGCUGAGGGAUUACUAGUGAAAUGUGUGGCUGCUUGCUGUGAAACUGGAAAGAUUGCAGCAACUUGUAGUGGUGUAGUACGCAUUUAUGAGCCCAUCACGCGAACCGAAGAUGGAACUAACGGUUUUCCAUACCACUGGAUUGAAACAUACAGCCUUUCCCUGAAGUACACAGUGGAUAAAAUACAGUGGAGUUUGCAAGGCCUGCGACUUCUGAUAUGUUGUGGUGAUGCACUUCACCUUUAUCAGAAUUUGCUUCUUUCAGCUGCUCUGGAUGUUAAAUUGGAUACUGUAACAUUCGGGAUAGUUGAAGAGGAAAAUGAACCUGAAAAUGAGGGAGUUUCGUUUUGGGACUGUAUUUGGUCGCAGAAAUUAGCAGCAAAACCAAGAUUUAUGGCUAGUUCGCCUGAUGGAGCGUAUUUCGCUACUUGUGGUAUUUCAGAUUGUUUGGUAAAAAUAUGGUUUCAGAGAGGAGAAUCUGAUAGUGGUGUCGAGAACAGUGGAAAUCGCAUUUCGUUUGGUUUUAAUUAUGUGCGGCACCCCCAACCAGUUGUUGGUUUUGAAUGGCGAAAAGUUUCUCGUUACAUGUCACGGCAAUAUGUUCAAAAUACUUUGCUUACCUGGUGUGAAGAUAACACAGUUCGGAUUUGGAAAGAAGCUGCUACUGUAUCUCUUGACUUCCAAGCUGUGAUUAGCAGUGCAGAGGUGAUGUAUAUCGAAAGAAAUCCCACAAGCGAACGUUGUUAUAAAAAACAUUCACUUCGGGGUACUCGAGCAAAAAUCAAAAAUUUUCUUAAAAAAAUUAUGGAGAGAAAGACACUUGCAAGUGAAAUAACACGACCAACAAGAUCAUCUGUUUCCAGAAAUACUUCACUAUGUGAAAUUGCUUCAGGGAAGCACACUGAUUCUAGUCCUGCAUUUUAUCUGUGCACUACUAUAAAUGCUGAGAAUGAUUGUCUUUUGGUUCCAUCCUUGGAAACUUCUGCAGAACAAAGACCUUUUAUGAUUCACUGGUUAAAUAAUAAAGCGAUUGUUCAUGACACUGGCAUUGAAAGAAUUGUGAUGGAAGCUCUGACCAAUGAUUGUUCUACAGAACCGACUGAAAUUGAAUAUCCAUUCAGAAAAAGUAUGCUGCAGUCGCAAAGUUUACUGACUGAGUCUAUGCAUGCUAACAAAGAACAUAAUAUUGACGAUACCAAGGUUGCAUCAGCUGGUCCAAUGGAACAACAUGAGGUCCUAGUCGCCACACUUGCAAGUAAUGUCAAUGGUGCAACCAGAGCUUUUUAUAAUGAAACAUCAUCAUCGAGGGAUUCUAUGGAUUUAAAAUUAAAUAUCCUUAUACGAGAAUGGAAGAAAUCUACUGAUAUAUUGUUUGCUGUACACCCCGCUGAUGGUAGCUUACUAACGUGGACAGUCGAAUGGCUUGAUGAUCCGUUACGACAACCCGCCAUUAGUUUCACUUCGCGAUUUCCAUCUGCAUUUUCACUCUCAGACGCAACGUCGUUAAAUCCUUCGCUGAGGGUGUACUACCCUUACAGUUUUCUCCGUGAACAGUUUGCCGAGAACUAUGCUUCUGAUGGGAUUUCCCAGAUAUUUGAACGGAGGAAUACAAAUUUGCUUUAUAUGUUGACGCAUCAUAACAACGGAUCUUUAAAUUUGUGGAAUUUGACAUUUGAAGAUAAUGGAAAAUUUAAUACGAUUGUUAAUAUAUCGCAUGCUUCAAGAAUGUGUGGUCAUCGUUACAAAAUUUCACAGGUCAUUGCUCAUCCGGUGCUUCCUCUUGUGCUUACAACGAGCCAUUACAAUUACAUAACGCAGGGCGCUGAAGAAACGGGAAAGGCUGAGCUGAUUUUAUGGAAGGUGAAUCCUGUUGGACCGCUAUGUAAAUGUGGUGGCGUUCGGGAACUGGCGCGAAUGACAAGCAAUUCAUCUGAUGCGUUUACAGCCGUUACGUGGUUACCAGUGAUUUUGUCGAGCUCGUUAUUGGGGUCGCUCUCGGCUUCAUCAAACUCCUCCUUUGUGGCUAAUAGUUCUGGACAUAUCAACAUUUACCAAGCCAUUGUCGAUGCUGCGGAGUUUCUCGCAGAUAUACAUGCUUUUGGAAGAAAAAAUGUUUCCCAUUCUGAAAGCAGUUGUUCGGCCAGUGAUGGAAGCGCUUAUGAUAAUCAAAAUAAGCAAAAUAUGACGAAAACUUGUGAAAUCCAAAAUAAUGAAAAUGUGAAGGAAAUGCGCAAUGUUGUUUCUACGCAGUCGUCGACAAAGCCUGGCUGCAUACUUUUAUUAUCGAGUAUUAAUGCUGCUUCGUGUGCAGAUAAUGUUUUGCUUAUUCAUGCUUUCAACGAACGUUUGAUAGUUUCGAAAGAAGACGUUUCCAGUACCACGGACACUUCACAAAAUUUAACAGCUGACGGAGCAAAUGUCAGUCGUUAUUAUUUGGUAUUAUUUGAGAAAGAGAAGAAUUCUCUUACAAGGUUACGUAUGUGGUUGAUUAACAUUGCUGUAACGGAUUUUGAAGGUCUAGGAGAGACUGAAAAUGCUCUGCCUGCAAAAGAUUCGUCGGAUUCGGUCAAUGUGAAUGUAAAUGAGAAUUCUUUCAGCAAAUUACAACUCAGUACUAAUCUAAUUUACAACGAUCAUGUUGUACUGCCGGAUGGUGUUUCCGUGAUUUUGGUGGAGCCAUCAGCAGGUCAUCUGCCAUCGUCAAAUCUUUAUCCCACAUACAGGGCACCUUAUCUUGUUCUUCUGGCGUGCAGCGAUGAAAAUAUCCGGUUUUAUGAGUGUUUGAGAAUCAUUGAAAGUGGUGGAUCAAUUAGUUACAAAUGGAAGACGUGGGGAAUGAUUAGCAAUACCAUGGAUUCGAAUAUAGAGAUGGAUGGUCAAAUAUGUUCGAUAUCAGCUGCUCAUAGUAGUCGAUUUGCUUGUGCAUACUUUCCCGAAGGUAUGACUGAUGCAACUUCAUCGAUAAGUAGCAUCAAGGUUGGUGUGUUUGAAUGUGAAUCAUCAGGUGGCGUUGAAUGGCUUUGUGAAGAUACAAUCAUUGUCAAUCUUCGACACAAGAUGAGGAAGGAACUAGCCGAAAAUUACUUCGAGGGAUCAGAUACAGCUGUUUCAGAAUUUUGUGCAGGUAUGCCUAUCAGUAAUGUAUGUCUGAAAUGGGUUUCUGCUGAAGAUGGUUCACAUAUUCUUACAGUGGCACUGGGUACAUACAUUUUUUUAUAUACUCAAGUGUCCCAGGGUGCUGCACAAAGAAAUAUUGUAAUGAUGAAAGAACAUGACACGCAUCGUCGGGGCCCUCUGACAAAGGCUUCAUCACUUGCAAAUCCGGAAACCAUAUCAACUCGUUUGGUGCGGUGGCUUUGCAUACGAUUUUUAGAGCUGAAAUCAGCUGAUGGUUUACCACCGUUGCCAACAACAUUGGGUUGGGUCCGUGACGGUUUAUUGAUUAUCGGUAUGCAAAGUGAAAUGCAUUGUUACAGUCAGUGGAAUUUCAAGGCGGAGUUCCCUAAAAAUGGAAAAUUGGCUGAAGUCACUAAAGAUCUUUCAAAACUUAAACCAUCUAGCCAUCUUGCGCUUGCUAGUUUGGGUAUCUCUUCACAUUCCAGCUUGGAUCAGUUAUCAAAAAAGCCUAAGCAAGAGUCUGCCCCUUUGAACAAGCAAAAACUGUACAAAGAUCUGCUGCAAAGGAUGUAUUCGGCACCUUAUGAUUUGCAAACAUUGCUUUUGAAAGACCAACAUGUUCUUGAAGCCAUCAGUGAAGGUUUAUUCGAAGCUGCACGUUUGGCAAGUCCCAUUUUGCCGCAGUAUCACCCAAAGUUGCUUAUCGAACUACUUAAUUCUGGUAGGACACGCGUGGUCAAAGCAAUAUUAUUACAUGUUUUGAAAAGCUUAAAGCAGCUGAAUGUUUCAAUACCAAAUCCGUUGUCGCGUGCUUCUUCAAUACGUAAAGUGUCACUUACCGGUGGAGAUCUGAAAAUGGAAAGUUCAGAACAAGAUGCUGUCCGGGGACUUUCUGAUACAUUUGAUGAUUCGAAUUUGGAAUAUAACGAGCUUGAUGGCAUUCCACCAAUACCGCUUCAUAUUCUAAUUUCCGCUGGUGAUCCGUUUUCAAUGGCUAAAGAGAAAGCAUCUGAAAUGCCACAAGAUGACAAUCUAGAUGGUUCACUAGAUAUGGACAAUGAGCCGAGUAGAUUACGUCAAAACUCGUUUUCUAUGGAUAAUGUACAUACAGUUUUUGUAUCAACAAGUUUUACUGCAAGACACAAUCGUUUAUUGACAGAAUUUCUCACUCAUAUUCAUUUACCAGGUUUGUCAAGCGUUGAUCAAAUGCACCUUCUGGCAGUUGCGGAUACGUUAAGUCAUUUCUCAUCAGAUAUCAUGGAUAAGUUAACACAAGCAAACGCAGCUUUUCAAGCAACUCAACCGCAGAUCGUAAGCGAUGCAGCAAGUGGAUAUGCUACACCCACUGUUGGAUUAGAAACUGUUGACGAAUGUGGAUUGAGAUACUUGAUGGCCAUGAAACAGCAUGAGUAUUUGUUAUUAUGUCUACCGUUACAGCAAAAACAUAGUCUUCGUUCAAGAGGACUUUCACCAUCACAGAUUAUUUGGGCUUUGCAUUCUGAAACAGAAACUGAAUUGCUGAAUGCAAUUCCAUGUCUGCAGAAGCCCACUUUGUCAUGGGAAGAAUUGCGAGCUUUAGGAGUUGCUUGGUGGUUAAAAAAUACCUCAUCACUACGUGCGAUCAUUGAGAAACUAGCAAAAGCGGCUUUCCAAAAAAAUCAAGAUCCACUGGAUGCAUCUCUUUAUUAUCUCCUGUUAAAGAAAAAAAAUCUGUUAACUCAUUUGUUCAAGACCGUUAAGGACAAUAAAAUGUCGGAUUUCUUCAUGCAUGAUUUCAACGAAGUAAAAUGGAAGAAGGCAGCUCUAAAGAACGCUUUUGUGCUGAUGGGCAAGCAACGCUUUCAGCAUGCUGCUGCAUUUUUCUUACUGGCUGGAUCGAUUAAAGAUGCCAUACAGAUAGUAUUGAAGAAACUACAAGAUUUGCAACUUGCAAUAGUAAUAGUUCGCCUUUGUGAAAGAGAUUACGAAGAGCAAGGUAAUUUACUCAGGGAAUUGCUUUGUAGAGAAAUUUUCGGCACCGAAGUUGCGGAUAUAAAAGACUUUGAUGUUACACCUGGAUCAAAUCGUUUUGAUAGAAAUCCUUUUGUACGUUCGAUGGCUUAUUGGCAUCUGAAGGAAUACGUUCGAGCAGCAAACACGUUAGUUGAUGAAGCAGGUCAUGUUCAUUUGGAUGGUUCAAUGGAGUAUUCCUUAUCAGAUAUAUUUAACUUCUACUCAUUUAUACGCAUUCACCAUCUGGUUAUUCGACAAAGACUUCUAAAUGCUGGAAUUCAGGUAGGUUCAACUGAGAAAUUCCUGGCAGUUGCAAAACAUCUUGCAUCAGUUAUCACACCAUCUGAGCGAAGAUUGUAUUUCCGAACUGCAAGUGCUCAUAUGGCGUCAGGAUGUCCCUUACUUGCACUUGAUGUGUUGGCGCGCUUACCAAAAAAUCUCACUGUGGUGGAAUCGUCAUCUCUGUCUCCCGAAAUUAAUAAACACGUUAGACUGGAGUUACCAAAAAAUGACGAUUCGUCGAAAAAUCGAUCAAAUGCUAUCGAUUGGAGUGCACCAAUAUCAUCUGUCCUUGUGGACGAGGAACUAAAUUUGCAAUUGAAUGACUUGGAAACAGAUGAAGUUGUGGUACAGAAGGAAAGCAUUAUAGAAGUUAUUUCGGGCGAUUCUAAUAGGACGGUUGAGAAUGAUCCGACAUUAGAUGUCAUUGCACAGCAUAUGAAGUUCACUGCGACAUUACGGCUUCUAGUUGAAGAGUUAUCUACUCUUGCAAGUGCUUUCGAGGUAGAAGGCGGACAGCUGAGGCUUCAAUUACUUAAUUGGCUGGAGGCAGGUGCAAGUGUGCUGCAGAAAGUAUGUGGUAAUCGUAGUGAUUGUAAUAGCUUGAAACUUGUUGAUAUUACUGAAAAUGAAAACAAAUUCAACGACGAUAUAAUUAGUGAUAACAUGCCACUUCACAAAACUAUUCAUGUGGAUGGAGCAGAGAUACCGACUCGAUCCCACAACAUAUUACAAAAUCGACGAUGGAAGUUACUGCGUGUUUUUAUAUCAUACUGCACUCUACACAAUUCUCAGAGCCAUCGCUUAACUGCUGCAUUAAUGGAACUUCUUUUAUUACAAAUGGAAGUGGAGGAAGAUAGUAGACGACCGAAGCUCUUCAGUGGUGAAUCUUUACCAAUCGUACAUUCAUUUCCACUUUUUAUUGCGUCAGUUUCACCACACAAAAUGUUUGCAUCAUCACCGCUUGGUUUUAUGAAAAGUCUGUGUUCCGAUAUUCUGCUAUCACUUGUUGAUCUUUCUGAACCUCCGCAGACCGAGAGUUCUCUGACCAAAGUCUAUAAAGUGUAUAGCUUGUGUCAGGGAUUAUCUUCAUGCUUGUACCAAUCACUUUGCAAUGUCAGUAAUAUUUACGGAAGCAGUUACGGAACUUUGGCAAGGUCAUCAAGGGUAGCAGCAGCGAGCGACGAUUUUCAAGUGAUGACGUUGCCUUCGAAGUGGCCAGGAGUGGGCAAUCUACUGGCUAUUUUAAGCCGAGAAAAGGACGAAGAAGCUCCGCAACUUAGGCUUCUUGUGCUUGAAAUUUAUAUUGCAGUCUUUGUAUCGCUUUUCGCUUACGCGCUUGCAACUUAUGAUGCAAGGUGGUUAUUUCGAUUAGCAGCUCGUAACAUUGACACAAAAGAAUUUGCUAUUUUGUUCGGUGGAGGUGGAGCGAAAACGCAAAAGACAGCUCCUUCAAGAUCUCCUGGCUCAUUCGUGAAGCGGACGACUACGGCGUCAGGUGGUUUACAUUCCAAUGAAACUCAUACAAAACCCAACAAAAACUGUCUCUCAGUAGAUUCUUCAUCAUUUCGAGUUAGUUUCAACACUGAGGUGAUUGGAAUUGAAGCGGCCAUCACAUCUUCUGAGAGUUUUCCAGCAAAUAAAUCAGGAUCUUUAGAAGAACAAGUUCCAUAUGAAUGGAUACCACCAAGGAAGAGUAUGGUACAAUUUUUUGCUGAAAAGCCAGAACUACCUGAAAUCUUGAGUGGAUGUUAUGAUUCUGACGAAGAACAUCACGAAUCAGUAGUUGAAUUAGAACAAAUGGAAAGAAAACACCACAGUAAUUUAGAAGGAUUCGCCUGGUGGCUGUUACGUUUGGCUCUUACCCAUCAGCAGUUAUAUAGAAUGAAGUCUUUUUUGCAGCUUGCAGGCGUAGAAUAUUCAGAAUUGCCAGCCUUAUCACCUCGUGCAAAUGCUGUUUUUAAACUUAUUGAGAAUUGGGCGAAACAACUUGAAGAUCAUUUGUAUGCAAUGCCUGAUGGAUGCCCUACUGAUUUGCUUCCCGAUUUAUCUAUUAGAAAAGAUGAUGGCAGUGCAGAGCUACCUUUGAAGAAAUACAGUGUUCUGACGGAAACAAAUAACACACCUUUCGAAUAUGCAGAUCCAUCUGCGUUACCUGUGAAAAGAAUCUGGCUUUAUCUCGUUCGUCAGGAUCAUAUUUUACCCCUUUUCAUCAAGCAUAUAUUUGGCUUCGGUGAUCAGCAGGAAGAAAAUAUUCUUGAGGAAGGUACAGCUGAACUAGAAAACAGAAGUACCGUGAAUGUAUUCAAAAUUGUGCAGCGAGAGCGUGAGCCAAUAGCAGCAUUUUGUUGCAGUGAGGUGAAACCUGGUUGGUUAGUAGUUUCAAAUACACGAGAAUUACAAGAAAUGGAUAUUACAGCAUUGCUUGACGAUGCAGAGAACCUGAAGCUUUCUUCUUGGUUGUUUAAUCGAACAGAACUUGAUGUUGCACUUGAUGGAACCAAAAGGGAUGUAUUUAAGGAUAACGAUGACUAUCAAUUAAUAACUGAAAAUGGGCUACAAACCACUGCCAUAAAUACAAUGACUCCAUUUAUUGUUGAUAGAAGCCGAAAGGCUUUGAUAAAGAUGUUUAAAAGACAAGUUAAUGGAAUACGGCGGCUUGAUUCUCAUCCAACAAUGCCUUAUUAUGUGAGUGGGUCGUCGGAUGGCUCAAUACGACUAUGGGAGUGGGGAGUUGGACAUCCGUUUUUUACACCUCGGAUAGCUGGGCAAUAUGCCAAAGUAACGAAAGUGUUAUUCUCCUGCAAUGGAAGCAAAUUUGCUUCGGUUGACAACGAUGGAAUAUUGUGUUUAUGGCAGACAGUUCAAGGAUUACCAGUCAAAAAGCCAUUCUUCAAUCAGAAAUGUCAUUCUAAAUCUGCAGCAGAUGUUCGAUUUCUGGGUUCCGCUUCCUCUGUUCUGGUUACUGCGGGUCUCAGCUUGUCUGACGAAAACAUUUGCCUUUGGGAUACUCUUAUGCCGCAGUCAAAAGCACUCAUUCAUUCCUGGACAGCACAUCCUGAAGGAGCAACUUCUGUGAUGUAUUUGUCAUCAUAUCAGACUAUAGUAUCUGGCGGACGACAUGGAGAGUUAUGUGUGUGGGAUGUUCGACAACGUCGAUUACGUACCACAGUGAAGUGUUUCGAAAAUUCUUCUGUCAAAUGUCUUGUGGGCGAUCCAUUUCAGCAGAUCAUUGUUGCUGGAUCAAAUGAUGGGGAUAUAAAGGUCUGGAAUACUGAUCUUGUACCGCAGCUUGUGACUUCGCUUGAUGGUGAACAUGUUGCUCGAGGAGGAUUCAGCCUGCGUCAAGUGGCUUCCGUAGUACAAGGUGUGCAACAACUACAUGUUGAUCCAGAAAUUCGUCUCUUUUCAUGUGGUGCUGACAGCUCAUUAAAAAUACGUUCUUUACGUAAUGUAACGUAA